AUUUAUAUUGCAGUUUGUAGCUUCAAUAGACAGUAAUAUCAAUUUCAAUAUCCCCGUCCGUUAGAUUUGCAAAGAUGGCGGGCAAAUUUACACUGCCGUGCAUGUUUACGCUCUCGUUGUUAUUUGGCGGAUGCACUUUCCGAAUAUUUGUCAAUGCAGAGUUAUUCGGAGUACAGUUUUGAUAUGGCAACACCUUGUAAUGUGGGAAACGAAAUAAGUUGGAUUGUAAAAAGAGCGUAGAAAUAGUGCCCCCAACGCCAAUAAUGGCGGAGCGAUAGUUCUGGGAGAUGCCAAUUAAAAAGAGAAAGAAGAUAGGCAAGAAGGUUAAGAAUGCCCAGGCCAAGAAAUAUGGUAAAUCAGCAAAGAUUUCCAAAGACACAACUACGUAUCCAGGGACAAAUGACAACAGUGAAUGUGUCGUGUCAAGUCAACAAUCUAGUGAACCUGAGGAUGACAUGUCUUUAAGCAGCCUGAAGGAUGUUUCUUCUGACAACUCAGAUACUCAACAGUCAAAUGAAUCCUGCCGUUUUUUACUGAGCAAAGGAGUUGCUUUUGUGCUAGCAGACCAUUUCAAUCAGGACCCCUUGGAGCAGUACUUUCCAUGCAGAGAAAUGCGGGUGGUGCCAAUGAAAAUCCAAACGUAUCAUCGUUCCACCACAACACGUCAGCAAUUAGAAUACAGAAAUCAUUUGCCAUGGCAUCAUUUCGAGGAAAUUCCCGCCAGGCACAACCACAAAGAGAAAUUGACAGUACACCUCUAGCCAAAAGAAGAAAGAUCAUCUAGCACUUUUCAAUGGGGGAUACCAAUUAUUAUAGAAUGUUGUAGAAUGAUAGGUAACUUUAUUAGUAUUAGUAUUAGUUAUUCAUACAUCAGCCCAUGUGUCACCAGCUGGGACUUAAUAGUUAGCAUCAGUGUUCUUUUUUUUAACUCUAUAAGCCAUGAUUAAUAGAUAAAUGGUGUUGUGGUGACAAUUUUGUUGAUCAUAAAUGAAAUGUUUUGAAGUUUUUUGGGGUUUCAAUUUGUUGAUAAACUUAGAUAAGUAAAUGUGUACAGGUUACAUUUAACAGGCUGCAUCUUAUUGGGAAAUUACAGUGAUGAAUUGCAUGAACAAGUGAAUUCGUUUAAUAAACUUAUUUGAACUGUA